GGCAACGUAGGCAUUCCCUUUACCAACUAACCAACUCCUAUUUUUGCAUAUGUCCGUAAAAAGAAACCAAAAUACAGCACGAGGAGACAGGUCUGUCAGAUGAGUGUCAUUCGAGCGUGAUUGAAUCACUCCCAAGAUAGGGCCUCCAAACGCCAAUGAAUUCUGAAAAAAUCGUUACACGUUAUGAUUAUCGAAUGGACGUGCAUGGCCGAAAGGCGUGAAGCGUUGCUGCAGUGUAAAAUUAUAAAAAGUGAAACAAUGGAGCUUUGGAUCCCGACAGAGUCAAAAAAUCAUUGAGGCAAAUACAUGAGACAUGGAGAAGUGGCAAAACGAGGAUGGCAAGGGCUCAGCCCUUUCCUGUCACUACAUAGCGAGAAAAAAUACAAUUCUCAACAGAAGAUCAGGUGCUUGUGAUGUCAAUGUCAUUUGUCUGAAACUUGGAAUGCUCGUGGAAGCCAAUGAAUUGUUGCAUGAUGGAUCCCUCAGGAUUAAAGUCAACAAUCCAAACAAUGAAGAGGUCUGGAAGAAGACGGAGUGGCUCUGCCAUAAGUUCGAUCUUAUACCUGUGCCCUGCCUCGUCUGGCACUUUUUGGCAGCUGUUCCAGUGCCCCAGGACCGAGUACGACUUGCCAGUGACAGUGAUUUUUGCAAGGAGGCUAACAAUCUGAAGGAAAAUGGAAAAGUUUAUUAUCAUCCUCCGACAAAUCCUGAUGCCAAGUUCAAGGCUGUCAUCAAGUACAUUGGACAAGUCACAGAACUAGGUCCAGGCUUCUAUUUUGGUCUUGAGAUAUUGGAUCACUGCGACAGUUUAUCCACCCCCAUCCUAGCGAGGAAGUACUUCGCAGGGCAGUCAGGAACAGGUCUUUUCACUAAUUUAAGCUGCAUCGUACCAAUAAAAUCGGAUCCCCACGAACCGAUCGAUGCUAAAUCCCCUCGACAGGACAUAGAGGCCUCACUGUCAAAGCAACUCGAUGGUUUUUUGAACAGCACAACAAAUCAUUCAAACAACCACUCAAAUCAUACAAACGGAAAGAGAAUAACCACCGACUCGAAUUUAAUAAACAAAGAACACCAGACGAAGUUCGAUGACAGUAAUAACAACAAUGGUGAUGCAACCGUGCGCCUCAACGAUGCUCUAGUCCCCAAAAUCGUUCAUCAAUCGACAAAAUCGAAAAUUCUCUCCAACGACGCAACGAGUUUGAGCAAAAAUCUGCCCACAUACGACUUCUGUCCAUUCGAGGAACUUCUGGAUAAAGAGGAGAGCAGUAAAGGUGUUAGGAAGGAGAAUGGAGAGAAGCUACACGUGGGAAUGGCAGUUGAGGUUGGUCUAGCUGGUGAAAUUCGGUAUGGGGUGAUUCGUUGGAUUGGAAAUUUAGCGGGAUUGACACCUGGAAAAGUUAUGGCAGCCGUUGAGUUGGAGGAUGGACAACAUCCACAGGGGACAGAUGGUACAUACAAUGACGUCAGAUACUUUCACUGCAGACCAAAGAGAGCCAUAUUUACUGAUAUCAGGCAGUGCCAGCAGUACAACAUGAUAUCUGGAGAUGAUCAGCUAGUGAAGAUGAACGGUGAGGACCUGGAUAAGACUGAAAAUUGCGUGAUAACUGGUAUGGUGAGACCAAUCUGCGUGAAAGGAGACUUGAAGACAAUUUGUGGAAAGUACAGAGGGAUCCAGGGUCAUCACAAUUCUUGUUACCUCGAUGCAACACUCUUCAGCAUGUUUGCAUUCACCAGUGUCUUCGAUAAUCUCCUGUUUAGACCUCCGAGUGAGAAAGACUGUCCCCAGUAUGAAGAGGUGCAGCGAGUGCUUCGAGAGGAAAUAGUCAAUCCGUUGAGGAAAAAUAUGUUCGUCCAGGCGAACAGAGUCAUGAAGCUGCGAACGUUGCUUGAAAAAUUGUCCUCUAUUUCUGGUCUCACCAGUGAAGAGAAGGAUCCUGAAGAGUUUCUCACAUCACUCGUCGCUCAAAUUCUCAAUGCAGAACCCUUUCUCAAACUCAGCUCUGGUCAGGAUGCCUAUCACUAUCAGCUUUUCGUGGAGAAGGAUGAUCAGUUGAAUCUACCAACGGUCCAGCAACUCCUGGAGCAAAGUUUCCUGACGAGCAAUAUCAGGCUUAAGGAGGUACCCUCUUGUCUCAUUAUUCAGAUGCCGAGGUUUGGAAAGUCCUUCAAAAUGUACCCAAAAAUUCAACCAACUCUUCUGCUAGAUGUCACUGAUAUUAUUGAGGACUCCCCCAGGCAAUGCACAGUUUGUGGUAAAUUAGCUGAGUUUGAGUGCAAGGAGUGUUAUGGACAGUGCGGAAUGGGACUCGAAAGCAUAGCUUUUUGUUUACCAUGUUUGGAUCAGGCUCAUCGACACGAGAGGAGAACGAAUCAUGAUCCCAAGGAGCUCAGCGUACCCACGGAGUUUCAAAUUCUCCAAGAGCAUUGUCCUGUACCGAGGCUCUACCUGGAGUUAUCUGCCGUCGUUUGCAUUGAAACUUCACAUUAUGUUUCAUUCGUCAAAUGCGGCUCAGGAUCUGAGGCACCUUGGUGCUUCUUUGAUUCUAUGGCUGAUCGAAAAGGAGAACAAAAUGGAUAUAAUAUUCCGGAGAUGGUUCCCUGUCCAGAUUUUCCGUAUUGGUUGAGUGAGGAGGGCUCGAAUUACCUUUCAGAAUUGACAGAUGACCGACAACUCCCCGAGCACGCGAAAAGACUCCUCUGCGAUGGAUACAUGUGCAUGUAUCAGUCCCCAGACGUAAUGAUGUACAAGUAACUAAUGUAGGUGAGGCAAGUGCAUAAUUAGCCUAAAAAUAAUUACCACAGAAAAAGCAAAAAACUGCAGGACUGUUCGAAUUAAUUUCAAGAGUGAUUAUAUUUCUACGUUUUUUUUUUGCGUUUCCUCUUUCAGUAUGAAUGGAUAAUUCGCACCAUGAAUUUUUUAUUUAUAAUUUUUAUUUUACACUGAGACAUUCGUGUAGUGGUGUUAUCUUAUUUGAAUUAAAAAAUAAUGCAUAAAGAAUGAUAAAGUCAUGUUCUGUUGAUUCAAUUGGACUUUCGUCAUUUCCUGUCACUUAUUUUUUUUUACUUUUCUCAUUAAUUAUUCUUUCUUCCUCGUUAUUUAUUCUCAAGUCGAAGAAUAAUUUCACUGUCGUCUCUCUUCCACGGAUUAAACUCAAACCUCAUAAUUUCUAUUGCCAGAAAUAACAUUUAUGAUGAUUGAUAGAUUUUUAUUGCAAUUGUAAAAACUUCUUAAUCUACUUGCUAAAGUAAUUUUUAUUUGAUUCUCAGUAGGCAUUGGCCAACUCAUCUACAAUCGGGUCAUACGAUACUAUUUAAAGAGUUUAACGUUAAGAAAAUCUAGAGCGAAGAAAAGAAUAAACAAUUGCAUUCAAUACUAUUCAGUGCGUAAAACCAUGUGAUUUCCAUGUACGGUAUGAAGUACAUGAGCCAUAUCAGUCAUUAUUUGUGCCCAUACCAACAAUUCUGGGUUGUUUACCUUCAACUACAUCGAGAAUAUAGAAAUAAUUGUAACGAGAUUACCAUUUUCAUGAACUUCUAUUAUUAAACUAAUAAUUCAUUUCAAUUUCGCAAUUAUUUUCAUUCUCAUCUGCACAUGUUCAUUUUAUCAAUCAUGCUGACUCAUCGGAAGCUGCAUUAAUAUGUAAUAAUGGAUACAAUUAUUUCAUAGGAGGAACAGACUAAUUAUCGAGACGAAAUUUCAAUAUAUAAUAAACAAUAAUUGAUUAAUUCACUAUCCGAGAAAAGGAGAAAUGAAAAAAAAAAAAAAAUGAGAUCGAAAAUGUCAAAAGACGAUUGGAUAAUACACCGUGCCGUAAUAUGUGGAUCUUCGACAUGAUUAGAGGAACAAUAAUGAUCUUGUCAGCUGUAAAGUGGUGAAAUAUAAUUGUGAAUGAUAUA